CGGCUGGCGUUGCCGCUGCUCUGGCCCGGGAGGCUCGCUGCACAGCUGCCAGGGCUUGGUUGGGGUUUCGGGGAGCCAGGGCCAGGAGACUCUUCGGAAACUCCGGACGCAGAGAAACAUGGCGCUCCCCACACUGCCUUCCUACUGGUGCACACGGAGGCUCCUGGAUCAGCAGAUAGCACGACAGCGACAGCGAGAGCAGGAGGCCCGGCUUCGGCAGCAAUGGGAUCAGAACAGCCACUACUUCCGGAUGUCUGACAUCCGUACCUCCAAACAGGCAGAAUGGAGCUCCAAGACCUCCUACCAGCGGAGCAUGCAUGCCUAUCAGCAAGAGAAGCUGAAGGAUGAGAAGAGGAGGUGUCUGGAGGCCAGACGGGAGAGACUGAGGCAGCUCCUGGUGGAGGAGCAGGACCUGCUGGCCAAAGAGCUGGAGGAGCUGAGGCUGAGCAUGAACUUGCGGGAGAGAAGAAUCCGAGAGUGCCAUGGGAAUCUGAAGUCAGCUCGAGAAGAGCAAAGGAAACGGAUUGCUGAACAGCUAUUGUAUGAGCACUGGAAGAAGAAUAACCCCAAACUUCGAGAGAUUGAAUCGGACCUUCACAAGAAGCAUGUGAUAAACUCUUGGGAAACGCAGAAAGAGGAGAAAAAACAGCAAGAAGCCACAAAGGAGAAAGAGAACAAGCGAUUUGAAAAUGAGUAUGAAAGAGCCCGGAGGGAAGCGCUGGAGCGGAUAAAGGCAGAAGAGGAGCGGCGGCGCCUGGAGGAUAAACGCCAGGCCGCGGUGCUGCGCCAGCAGAUGGAGGAGCUGAAGGCGAAGGAGCUGGAGGCCACCAAACUGAAGAAGGAGCAGGAGAAUCUGUUGAAGCAGCAAUGGGAGCUGGAGAGACUGGAGGAAGAGAGGAAACAGAUGGCAGCCUUACGGCAGAAGGCAGAGCUGGGACGCUUUUUGAGACAUCAGUAUAAUGUGCAGCUCAACAGACGGACCCAGCAGAUCCAGGAGGAGCUGGAGGCGGACAAGCGCAUCCUGCAGGCGCUUCUGGAGAAGGAGGAUGAGAACCAGCGCGCACACUUGGCCAGGCGGGAGCAGGCGCUGGCUGACGUGGCGUGGAUGAAGCAGGUCAUCGAGGAGCAGCUGCAGCUGGAGAGGGAGCGGGAGGCGGAGCUGCAGCUGCUGCUGAGGGAGGAGGCCAAGGAAAUGUGGGAAAAGAGAGAGGCCGAGUGGGCGCGUGAGAGGAGUGCGCGAGACAAGCUGAUGAGCGAGGUUCUGAUAGGAAGACAGCAACAAAUACAAGAAAAGAUUGAACAAAAUCGACAGGCGCAAGAAGAAUCCUUAAGACACAGGGAAGAACUUAUUCGAAAUCUUGAGGAGGCAAGAGAUUCAGCUCGUCGUGAGAAAGAGAAGGGUGAAGAACUGAAGUCUGCCAGGAAGCAGGAGCUGGAGGCCCAGGUGGCAGAGCGCCAGCUGCAGGCCUGGGAAGCAGACCGGCAGGAGGAGCAGGAGGAAGAGGAGGCGAGGCAGGCAGAACAGCUCACCGACACCCUGCUGCAGCGGGAAGCAAAGAUGAUGGCUGAGCGGGGCUACCAGCCCAAGCCACAUGGACAUCCCAAAAUUGCUUGGAACUGACUUCCAUGGUACCGUGAGUGCAGCGAGCAAGGGUCCAAGGCCUUCAUCGUGCAGCUGCCCGAGAGUUUUCCAGUGUGCUGUCCAGCUGCUCAGGUCGCCGUGAAGUCGCUCAGCAAGGCCCAUGACUACAUGGGUCAAGAGUGUCGGUGUCAGGCCAACGGCGUGCCUCCCAGUGGGGGCCCUUCCCUACCUUUCUUUCCCAAGAGAGGUGCUUGGCUAGGCACGUGUUUGACAGAGUUGGCCCUACUUGUGCUGUGUUGGAAGUAGGGUAAGACGGACUCAGCCACUGUCCUGGCCAGGACAUGGGGUUCCCUGAUCUCCGGCCCCUGACCGCCAACCUCCAGUGAAGACUCCAGUGGGGAGAUGAGGAGAUGACAGGAGGCUUUUAAUUUUUUUAAUUGCCAUUUAAAUGUAUUCUUUUGAAGACAAAUUUGUAGACCUUGCUGCACUUUAUUUCAGGUUUUAUUAACCUAGUGGUCUCACCAGGGCCACAUCUUGCUUUCUGGAUGAAACGCCUACAGACCCUGAGACAGGAUGACGUGGCCUGUGGGUUCUUUCCAGAAAGGAAGUGACAUGAGCCUUUGAGUUUUCAUAGAGCAUUGUGGUGGGAGGAGUGAUCCCCAACAAGUCUGUUCCUGAGCCUCCAAAGGGGACCUUCGGCACACUGCUCUGCAGGCUCUGCGUGCCUCACAUCUGGGAAGGGCUGAGCUUCAUGUUGCCUUCUGGGACCUGUGUGCCCAGGGAAGGGGUGUCGGGCCUGAGGAAGUGAGAGCAGCGCAGCCCCACCAACAUGCUCUCCAGGCCUGGGCUAAUCUCUGCAAAGAGCUGCAAGGUCCUUGAGCAAGAAUCUUAUUUUUAUGACUUCUGUUUUUCUCCUUUUCCUGUGAGGUAUCAGUUUUCAUUAUAUUGUGUUCAAGAGUCCACAUGUCUGUAAAUCACAGCUAAUUACAGGGCUCUGUGCUGUGCUUAUUAAAAACUAGAGUUUACUAGCAAAUCCCAAGUCUGCGAGCUGCAUUCCCUUUUACUCCCAUGGUGGUGGAAAACAAAUUGAGCUGCAACCUGCAUCCUUAAUCUGUUUUUCAUUUCCUUGCUUUGAAUCUCUUUGGCUCGAUCCCCUGAGCACCACUGUCAUCACACAUGCUCAUAUUUAUUUUCCUUGUUUCAUAUGUUC